AUUCUCCGUACACCAGAGCAGAUUCUCAUACAGACACCGUGAUGGCGAGGGGUCAUCACAACUGACAGGAGAGUGCACCGCCGUUUGGAAACUGCUCGUGGGACUGGUUAAGAAAAAAAUGAAAGCGCCCAUCCCUCUUCUGAUCCUGCUUCAUGCUGUUGUGGUCCAUUGCCUGAAAGUUGUGUCGAAGAGAGGCUCGGUGGAAGGCUGCACGGAUUGGUCGGUGGACUACCUGAAAUACAAAGUGCUUCUGGGGGAACCCGUACGGAUUAAGUGCGCUUUAUUCUAUGGAUAUAUACGGGCCAACUACACCCAUGCACAGAGCACAGGACUCAGCCUCAUGUGGUACAAGAGUACAGGGCACGGUGACUUCGAGGAGCCAAUCAGCUUCGACGGCACGAGGAUGAGCAAAGAGGAGGACGCCAUCUGGUUCCGGCCGGCCGAGCUGGACGACGUCGGAUACUAUUCCUGUGUGUUACGGAACUCCACAUACUGCAUGAAGGUGUCAAUGUCCCUGACCGUGGCGGAGAACGACACCGACCUCUGCUACAACUCCAAGAUGAGGUUCUUCGAGAAGGCCGAGCUCAGCAAGAGCAAGAACAUCACCUGCCCGGGCAUUGAGGAUUAUCUGCAGCCUGGAGUCGAGCCUGAAAUUGUGUGGUACAAGGAAUGCAAACCAAAGCAGUGGAGACAAACCAUAGAAAGGAGAAGAGACACGCUCUCGAUAAAGGAAGUACGGGAAGAUGACAUUGGGAAUUACACCUGUGAACUACCGUUUGGGAACUUUGUGGUGCGAAGGACGACUGAACUAUCUGUCACAGCUCCCCUGACGGACAAGCCGCCAAAAAUCCUCUUCCCUUCAGAGAGCCAAGUGAGCAUCAUAGAGAUGGCAGUAGGUAACCCGGUCAACUUGACGUGCCAGGCGUUCUUCGGAUACAGCGGAGACGUCAGUCCACUCAUCUACUGGAUGAAGGGGGAAAAGUUUAUCGAGGAUCUGGAUGAAGAGCGAGUGCAAGAGAGCGAAAUCAAGACAAUCCGGGAGCACCUGGGCGAGCAGGAGGUCUCCAUCUCCCUGACCAUCGAGUCCCUGGAGGAGAGCGACCUGGGAAACUACUCCUGCUACGUGGAGAACGCCUACGGGCGGCGGCAGGCCAACAUCCAGCUGGCCAAGAAAGCGGAGCUGAUGUACACGGUGGAGCUGGCCGGAGGUCUGGGCGCCAUCCUCAUGCUGCUGAUCUGCCUGGUGACGCUGUACAAGUGCUACAGGAUUGAGAUCAUGCUCUUCUACCGGAACCACUUCGGCAGCGAAGACAUCGACGGCGAUAACAAGGACUACGACGCUUACCUGUCCUACACCAAAGUGGACCCGGACCAGUGGAGCCAGGAGACCCGAGAGGAGGAGCGCUUUGCCCUGGAGAUCCUCCCCGACGUGCUGGAGAAGCAUUAUGGGUAUAAACUCUUCAUUCCAGACAGGGACUUGAUCCCCACAGGAAGUUUCACCAAUGAUCAUUUCCAGGAUGACACAAGACUACUUAGAGCGUACAUCGAGGAUGUGGCGCGCUGUGUGGAUCAGAGCAAGCGCCUCAUCAUCGUCAUGACCCCGAGCUACGUGGUGCGGAGGGGCUGGAGCAUUUUUGAGCUGGAGACGCGGCUGCGCAACAUGCUGGUGACCGGCGAGAUCAAGGUCAUCCUGAUCGAGUGCGCCGAGCUGCGCGGCAUCAUGAACUACCAGGAGGUGGAGGCGCUCAAACACACCAUCAAGAUGCUGACGGUCAUCAAGUGGCGCGGGCCGUCCAGCAACAAGCUCAACUCCAAGUUCUGGAAGCAGCUGCUCUACGAGAUGCCCUUCAAGCGCAUGGAGCCCCUGAGCAUCUCCCACGAGCAGGUGCUGGACGUGAGCGAGCAGGGCCCCUUCGGCGAGCUCCAGACCGUCUCGGCCAUCUCCAUGGCGGCGGCCACCUCCACCGCCAUGGCGACGGCACACCCGGACUUGCGCUCCACGUUUCACAACUCUUGCCACACCCAGAUGAGGCAGAAACACUAUUACCGUAGCUACGACUACGACCUGCCGCCCGGCGGCACGCUCCCGCCGCUGUCCGCCCUCGGGAACCAGCACACCUACUGCAACAUCCCCAUGACGCUCAUCAACGGCCAGCGGCCGCAGGCCAAGUCGCCGCGGCAGCAGAGUCUGGAGGAGGGCCACGGAAACAACGCCAUGCUGCCGCUGCUUCCCAGAGAGACCAGUAUAUCCAGCGUCAUCUGGUGACG